AUGGCGUGCAAACUAAUCGUUCUGUGCUGCGUUUUGGUGGCGGUCUUCGCUGACGAGAAAUACACUGAUAAGUAUGACGGGAUCAAUCUGCAGGAGAUCUUGGACAACCGGCGUCUCUUGCUGGCUUACGCCAACUGUCUUUUGGACAAGGGCAAGUGUAGUCCCGAAGGAAAGGAAUUGAAAGACCACGUCCAAGACGCACUAGAAACAGGGUGCGCCAAAUGCACGGAGACACAAAAGAAUGGCAGUUACACAAUGAUCGAGCACCUGAUUAACAAGGAGAAGGAAAUUUGGGAGGAACUGAGCGCUAAAUACGACCCAGAGGGCAAAUACAAGAAACAGUACGAGGAACAAGCGAAGCAGAGAGCCUUUAUAACUGCUGAUGAAUAUACGGACAGAUAUGACGGCAUAAACGUGGACGAAAUUUUGCAAAACCAACGCCUAGUGACGUCAUAUGUAAAAUGUCUAUUGGACAAAGGCCGGUGUACGCCCGAAGGAAACGAAUUGAAAGUGCACAUAAAAGAUGGUAUGCAAACUGGCUGUUCCAAAUGCACGGACACACAAAGGCACCAAGCAAGAAAAGUGGUGAAGUUCCUUCGUGAACACCAAGAUAACUAUUGGAAAGAUAUCGUAGUGAAGUAUGAUCCUAAGAACGAGUUCAAAGAUGUGUAUGAGGCUUUUUUGGCGAGUGAUGAGUGA